AUGUUUUAUUUAUCAUAACUUGAACCGGUGCUUUAAAGUUAUCACUCAGAAGUAACGAAUAAUAAAGCCCUUGAUAUUAUAAGUAAUAUAAUAGGUUGGGCUUAUAUAUUUUGUUGGUCUUUUAGUUUUUAUGGAUAAUUAUAUGAAAACUUUAAAGUGAAACAGUAUAUUAUUGUUUUAAUAAAGUGUAUAAGGAAUAGCAUUUGAAUUUUUAGGGCUUAAUUUAAGUGGAUAUUUAUUUUUAAGUGCUUAUACAUCAGCUGGGUAUUUUAAAGGUGGAGAGAAUGGAUGGCCAUUUAGUGGGAAUAUUACUUUAUAAGAUCUCAUUUUUGCAUUUCAUUCUGUAGGAAUAACAAUUAUAACAAUAAUAUAAAUAGCUUAUUAUUAUAAAAAAGGAGAUAAUCCAGGAGUAAGUUUAUGGUGUAUAAUUUUAUUAAUAUUUUUGUGGUCUUAAACUAUAAUAUAUAUAAUUUUGACUUGGAUAUUUGGCUGGUAAGUGAUUUUUUAAAAUGAAAAAUUAAAUGUUUUAUAUUGGAUGGGAUAUGAAAAACUAUUUGUAACUUUAAUAAAAAAUGUUCCUUAAGUUUAUUUAAACUAUUAAAGAAAAUCAACUGAAGGUUGGAGUAUAUUAAAUAUAUUAUUGGCAUUUAUUGGAGGUAUUUUAUCCUUUUUAUAAAUGUUAAUUGAUCAAUUAAAUGGAAGUAUUUUUUUUAAUUUUAUUAUUUAGAAAGUGCUAACUUAGUUGAAAUGAACAUUGUUAAAUUUAUUUUAAGUUGUAUUGUUUUGGUUUUUGACUUAAUAUUUAUAUUUUAGCAUUAUGUGAUAUACAAUCCUAAAAGAAAUAAAUCUAAAACUAUUUAAGAUGAAUAUCAUUAUAUGAAACAAUGA